CUCCGCCACUCCGGAACCUUCUCCAUCCCCUCCUCCAAGAAAGCCGCGGCUUACAAAAGGCUGCACACCCUGACACCUCCACUCCUCCAUUCCCCCCACCGCUUCAGCUUCCACCGCAAGAAUCACAGAGCGCUCGAGACAAGGGAGAGGAGAGAGAGAGAGAGAGAGAGAGAGAGAGAGAGAGAGAGAGAGAGAGAGAGAGAGAGUCAUCCAUGGCUUCCACCGUCGCCCUCAAGGGCCGCCCGCUCGCCACCCUCCUCAGGCAGCUCCUCGCCGCCGACGCGCCGCCCGCCGCCACCGGGAGGCCCGUCGCCGCCGCUCCCGCCGCCUCCGGGAAGCCCGUGACCGCCCCCGCCGCCGCGACCGCCACCAACGCCGCCUCCCGCCGCCUGUACAACACCGAGGGCGCGCCGCUCCGCCGCUACGACGUCGUCGACGAGUCCGGCACCGACAGCGGCGACGAGUACGACGCCACCGACGACGGCCGCCGCCUCACCGUCCCCUUCUUCUUCUCCGCCUCCGACGUGCUCGACCCGUUCGGCGCGCCGACGAGCCUGGGACGACUGCUGGCCCUGAUGGAGGACGCGGCGGUGGCGACGGCGGCGGCGCCGGGGACCAACGGCCUCGCAACCGCGGCUGCACGGCGCGGCGGGUGGUGGGUGGCGAAGGAGGACGACGACGCGGUGCACCUCAAGGUCUCGAUGCCCGGGCUGGGGAAGGAGCACGUGAAGGUGUGGGCGGAGCAGAACAGCCUGGUGAUCAAGGGCGAGGGGGAGAAGGACCCGGAGGACGACGCCGACGCCGCGCCGCCGCGCUACACCCGCCGCAUCGAGCUCCCCGCCGACGCGUUCAAAAUGGACAAGAUCAAGGCGGAGAUGAAGAACGGCGUGCUCAGGGUGGCCGUGCCCAAGCUCAAGGAGGAGGAGCGCAAGGACGUCUUCCAGGUCAAUGUCGAGUAGGAGGUCCGACCAAGUAAGCUCUAGUGCUAAUGGAGAGCGAGGCUAUCUAGAGUAGGAGUAAGUUUGAGACUAGAUCGAGAGCGAGGCUAUCUAGAGUAGGAAUAAGUUUGAGACUAGAUCGAGAGGCCUUUUUGUGAUGGUGUCCGCUACUCGUGUUCUGAUCCCUGCUUGCGUUUUGUUCAUCCUGUGGGGGUUUCUGAUGUUUUGUUCAUCUGUGGAGUUUCUGAUGGUGGUGAAAACAGUAACAACAGUGCAAAUCUUUGCUGAUGAUGGUAAAAAAAAAGUACUAGUGCUCCGAGUUACUGAGCUAUUAUAUCGCAUUAUCUGCUUGUGCUC